AAAAAAAAACAAACAAAAAACUGACCUUUCUCAGGAUUUUACUUCGUAGGAUUCGUGAUAAUGUGGAGUUCACAUCCAACAAAGAUGCUGAAGACUCUCUUCAUUUAGACCAGCUCCUCCAUCAUGAGCCUCCCCUCCUCCAGCUUGAUGGCGGCGGCGGAGUUCUACAGCGGCAGCGCCUCCCCGGUGUCUCUGGACUCCAGUGUCUUCUUCAGUGAGACGACGGCGUCCUGCGUCAGAGACCCGCUCGACUUCUUCAUCAUCAACGUCGGAGGAAGUCGCUACGUGCUUUCCCAGGAGCUGCUGGCGUCUUACCCGGAGACCCGGCUGGGGAAACUGGCCUGCAGCAGCCGUGACUCGGCUCUGGAGCUAUGCGACGACGCCGACUUCCUGGAGAACGAGUUCUUCUUUGACCGCAACUCGCAGACCUUCCAGUAUGUGAUGAACUACUACCGGACGGGUCACCUGCACGUCAGGGAGGAGCUAUGUGAGAUCUCCUUCCUGCAAGAGAUCGAGUACUGGGGCAUCGACGAGCUUCGUAUCAACCCUUGCUGUCGUGAGCGUUACUACCGGCGCAAGGAGCAGAAGGAGACCCUCGAUGUUCAGAAAGAGUUUGAGGCUGAUGAUGGUGAUGAGGACUUUGUGGGCGCCGCCUGCCCGGCUCUCCGCCGGCGCCUGUGGGACCUUCUGGAGAAACCUGAUUCAUCACGAGCAGCUCGCACCUUCGGCUCGCUGUCGAUCUUCUUCGUGGUGGUGUCGCUUAUCAACAUGGUGCUGAUCUCUCUGGACCUAGGGGAGGACUUUGGUGUGAGUGACGUCGGCGUUGGUGCACCGUUGCUGUUCGACGCCCUGGAGUACGUGUGCGUGGUGUGGUUCACGGGCGAGCUGGCGCUUCGGUUUCUCUGCGUGAGGGAUAAGUGUCGCUUCAGCCGGAGCAUUCCCAACGUGAUCGACCUGCUGGCCAUCCUGCCGUUCUACGUGACGCUGGCGGUGGAGAGCCUUCACGGAGGAACCACCGAGCUGGAGAACAUGGGCCGCGUGGUGCAGGUCCUCCGACUCCUCAGGUCCCUCCGCAUGCUGAAGCUGGGACGACACUCGACAGGUCUCAAGUCUCUGGGUAUGACCAUCGCUCAGUGCUACGAGGAAGUCGGCCUCCUCCUCCUCUUCCUCGGCGUCGGCAUCUCCAUCUUCGCCAUGGUGGUCUUCGCCCUGGAGCACGACCUUCCUGCCACCACCUUCACCAGUGUGCCGGCCGCCUGGUGGUGGGCGACCACCUCCAUGACCACGGUCGGCUAUGGCGACAUCCGUCCCGACACGACCGUGGGGAAGGUGCUGGCCUUCCUCUGCAUCCUGUCCGGGAUCCUUAUCCUGUCGCUGCCCAUCGCCAUCAUCAACGACCGCUUCUCCGCCUGCUACUUCACCCUGAAGAUGAAGGAGGCGGCGGUGCGACAUGGCGAGAUGCUCAAGAGGCUGGCCCGCGGCUCGGUGGCGGAGACGGGGGAGGGAGGGGUCAGGGGAGGCCCGAACUUACGGGACGCCUACGCCAGGAGCGUCCUGGAGAUGUUGAGGCUGCACGGGCGCGAGAGGGCGAGCACCCGGAGCAGCGGAGGAGAGGAACUGUGGUGGUAGAACCAGGAAGUGAGACUGGGACCGGACCAGACCGGGUGGUUAAAGUGACCGUCCUGUGUGGCGGGAAAGUCACAGAGUCGGAUGGGUUCAUGACCUCUGCUGUAACAGCUGAUGUUCCUGAACGUCCCAACAUUCCUUAAAAUGUAAAUAUGUUUUUUUCUUCAGAGAAACGUCACAAUAAUUUCACUCUGAAAUAAAGACGCAAUGAUUAGUCGAUUGAUUAGUUGAUUGAUGGAAAAUUAAUCUGAAAAUAUUCCAAUAAAUGAUUAAUCACUUAAUUUUUCAUCAGGGAAAGUGAAAAGUAAAAUAAUAAUAAUCUGGGACGGACCAGGAAAUAAAGUCAACGUAAGCGGGCGGGACAGGAAUCAUAGUUCUAAUAUGAAUAAAUACCAUUUUCUUUAUUUCUAGUAUAAUGUAAGUCAUUCUGCUCUGUCUCCGCUCUGGUUGCUGAUUGGCUGCAAGUAGUCACCUGACGUGUGGAUAAAUGGUGCGAGAUGCAGCCACUAACAAUCAGAGAGGAACAUCUGUAAAUGGUAUCAUUUCUGACAGUCUGCAUGUGAGGCGUUUAGGGGACAUCUGUAAAGUAUAGCUACAGAAAAUAACCUGGGUUACAGCCUCACCCUCUAAACUGCAUGAGUCUCUGCAUGCACAUCGGUCACACGCCGCCCCUCCCACCACCACAGGUAAAUGAUCAACCUGUGGGAAACACAAAGAAAAGGACAGCAGUGAAAAUCCUCUAAUACACAAACAUACACACCUGCACUGUGGCUAAAAGUCCUGAAGUUAAUGAUGAAGUAAAUGAACUUCAUCUCAGUUCAAAUCCAAAUUUCUAUCAUCUCAGAGUUUGUCUCUGAGGUGGAAGAACAGUUGGUUGAAUAAUAAAUUGGUUGACAGGAAGUUAAUCAAUCAAAUAACAGUUCAGUUAUUUAUCAAGUCAAAAUGUCAAAUAUAGAAUUUAUUGCUCUUGUCUUUGGGUUUUGUUUUUGGUCAGAUAAAAUAAGACAUUUUAAACUGUUACUUCACUCUCUUGGACGACCUCUCUUCAUGUCAGAUUCCUGUUUUUUGAGAAACACUUUUUGACGAGUUGAGUUAGGAAACUUUUCACCCAUGAAGCCUUUUCUACCUGUAACACUGAAGCUUUAAAUCAGUGACAGUCACUCGCCCUCUCUCUCUCUGCUGUCAGACUCCCGGAGCUGUCAGAGUGAUUUUCUCUGGUUGUUUGCAUUUUUCAAAACCGUCUUUUUGAGCUCCUCGUCACGACGACCUCUGACAGUCUGUUUCUGCGUUUCACUAACUGUUAGAAACUUCAGCAGGUUAAACUCGGAUAACAAGACACUGUUAGUGUUGAGUAACUCUGACUCACUGUACAUCCACUUUCUUCCCUCUGCGUUCAAACAGAAAAUCUGGUGCUGAGAAUAUCUAGAUGUCUGGUCCUAAAAUAUAGGAAGAUGCAAAAUUUAUUGUAAUUGAUUAAUCAAGAACAUAAAGGCAGAUUCGUUGAUAAUUAAACUAAUGAAAUGCAGUGUCAUAUUAGUAAAUCUGUGUUACUUGCAUUCUUCACUGAAUUAAUACGUCCAUGUACAGUUUGUUUCAAAUGGUUAUUUCAAUGCAGUUCCCUAAAAAUGACCUUUAUUAACUACUAGCAAAGCAUCUAUCCAAUAGCAUCCAGAUCAAGAAGAAAAGUUUUUAGUACUCCAGCCUGAUUGAUAUCAACCGUGAGCUGCUGCAGGAAGCAGGUUUGACACGUGAGGGAAAGUUCGUCAUCUUGGUUAAAUACUGAAAAAGUCAGUAGUGACAUGAGAUAAGAUGUGACCACUUUUUCUGUACAUAUGUAACAGAAACCUCCAUCUUUACUUUUCAUCUACACUGACCCACACACGGGACCCAGGACCCAAACCCCAGUCUCCAGUGUCAAAGUCUUGAACUUUAUCCAAAUUAGACUCCAAAAGUGAUCAUAUCUUUUUACACAUUGUGACUCGACUGUGGGUAAUGUCAGGAGACAAUUAAGAUGACCAAGAUUCAUUACAUCAUGUAAUUCUGCCUGAAACACAGAUGAACAAGAACCAAUCAAUGGAAAACUAAUUGUAAAUACAAAGUACUCGUUUUAUUGAUGAUGAUCAUUAUCUAUGUGGCAGUUAUAUUUCUUCUGAAAUGUAUCAGGCCAAACAAUUUAGAAUUUCAUAAACUUAAUUUUAAGGCGACAGUGUUGACGUGUGUCCUGUUAGAAAAGAGAUUUAAGUAUUCUACACACUUUCAUUAAGACACAGCUGCACUUGAACGUGCUGUUUCUUUUAUACCUGCAUGUUGUGUAAUGUACAACUUGUUCACAUGAUAUGUUGAGAUUUGGGGUGCACCUCCGUGAGCCUUUGCAGCCGAAAGUUACCCAUAACACCCUUCUCUGUGUAGGUUAAAGAGACAUUUACAUGAAGCAUAAGCAGAUUUAGACUGUAAGAGGGCUGAUUGUAGCGCCCCCUGUGGGUCAACCAUUGCCACACUUUGUGUCUAUGUCUGUGGGCUGGGUGCAGAAAAUAAGACGUAAUCCUAACCCAUGCAUUCUCAGACUUUUCCCACAAUGCACGGUUUGCUGUAAAUGAUCAAAACACAGGAUUUAUUGCCACUUGACUCGGUGGAAAGAACUUUGUCUGUGCUCCUGUUGUCUUUAACAUUACCUCCGUGCACCACCUUAAAAAGCACAUGCAUUAGUGAAGUGUUGUGAAGUCAGUAGAAACCCUACAGGCUGUUUUCUGGUAUUUCUGCCCUCUCGUGUGUGCUCUCUGUUAUCAGUCUGUGACUCAGUCAUGCAAUAAAGAGCCUCCUCCUGUG